CACACCGGCGAUGAUAGCAAAGGCUAUAAGAGAAGAAAACUCAUAUCAAGGGAAGAAAACAUGUCGUCUGACAACUUCGGCGGCAGCUCCACCAUCCAUAGCUCCUCUGGCGCAGGCUCUGUGGCUGUGCCCGAUGGAUUGGAGCUUCCGCUCCAUUCUAACCGAUCUAGCUCGGAAGUUGAUGCAGAGGCGCAUGAAGAUAUACCGGAAUCACUGGAACCAGAGAGCGGACGGACCGUCCUUGCCGGGCGGAGAUGACGGCGACCCUGACGAGGUGCAGUCCGCCCUCGCAGCAGCAGAGGGCGUUGGCGAGCACGAUCCCAACCAGCACCGCCCGGCGGUGCCAUUGGCGAGUGUCACAGCUCUAGUUGUGCUCUGUCAAUCACAUCUGGUCCUGCGCACUCAGCAUCGUGCGCGGAGGUGGAUGAGCGAGCUUCAAAACGGUCAAAGCAUGUUUGACUACAUGCAAAACCAAGGCCUGUACUAGCCGUGUAGUGGCUCUGUUGCCGGAGCCGGUUGAUGUAAUAAAGAUCAUUUGCAUGUACUAGCCGUGUUGCCGGAGCCGGUUGAUGUAAUAAAUAUUUAGUUAAUAUCUUCAUGAGAUCUACUGGAUCGGUGUGUAGUAGCUGUAGUGCGUCGUCAUCUUUGUUAAAAGCCCUCUGUAUUUUAUUAUGAA